UUUCACGAUAUUCAAUGGGGGAGCCGCCUGAAAAUUUUGAAGGAGCAAAAAAGCCUAAAAUUCUGCAAUUUGAUAGUCUCAUUCUACGACACGUCAUACGCAAAAAUUAGCUUUUCUCGGUGACUGUUUCACACUUUUCUCAGACCAAUCACGGUUUUCUAUCUCUUGCACGAAAUGUCCUCUUUCUCUCUCUAGAAAACCAGAAGAAUCACUUUUUUUCUCUCGUGCAGUUUCUCUCUUCGGAGUUUGGAAAAGCAGGUUGGUUUCUUGAGAGGUUGUUAUAGUGGGAAUAUUGUGCUCUAUUUGAGGAGAAGGCAAAAAUUAGAGAAAAUAGGGAUUGAUAGGAAGAGAGAAUUGGAGUGUUUAAUCGAUCAAUUUAUUGAUUCUGUGGAACAGAGCCUUGUUGGCUUUUGCAGUGGGCUAAAUUAGGAUUCAUUUGGAAGAUUAGAUUGAGUCCAGGUUCAACAAACAUUGCAGAGUUGGUUUUAUGUUACUGAUCAUCAAAGAGGAAUUUGGAUUUGGAGGCAAUCCAAUUUGGGUUCUAUCUAUGAUCAAAAUUUGCCUUUGAGGUCUUAAUUAGGCUUUCAAACAAGUUUAAACGAGGGUUUCGUUCAAUACUUGUCUGUAAAGAUUAAUUAAGUUUAUACUCUGUAUUUGUGAAAGAUCGAAUUUGAACUUCGGAAAAGGUCGAAUUAGAAUUUCAUAGAGUUGAGAUUGGGUUUUAGAGAAGAUUGAUUGGCAGCUUCGGUGAAGCUGGGUACUAAACCAUAGUUAAAAGAUGGAUAGAUUGAAGCUUAAUACAUGGGGAGAGCGUCUGAGAACUGGAGGUGCACAGAACUGGAGAAAAGUGAGUGGAAAAGUGAAGGAAAUCUUGCAAGGUCCAACACUAGCUGGAAAAAUGGUGGAUGAAGCCACUUCUGAUCAUUUAGAGGAGCCUAACUGGUCCAUAAAUCUAAGAAUUUGUUCUCUUCUUAAUGGGGAAGAGCUUAGUGGGCAAGAUGUAGUGAGGGCUAUAAAGAAGAAAAUAAUGGGGAAAAAUGUGGUGAGCCAGAGGCAUAGCCUUGAUCUUUUGGAGGCCUGUGCUAUGAACUGUGAUAAAGUGUUCUCUGAGAUAGCUUCUGAGAAAGUGUUGGAUGAGAUGGUGAGAAUGAUUGAUAACUCGCAAACCCAUUUCUCUAAUAGGCAGAAGGCUUUACAGUUGAUUAGAGCAUGGGGGGAGUCAUCUGAGGAGCUUGGCUAUUUGCCUGUGUUUCACCAAACAUACAUGAUUUUAAAGGGAAGAGGGAUCAGAUUUCCAGGACAAGAGGGAGAAAGUUUAGAGCCAUUCUUUUCUCCUAUGGAGCCAUUUGGUCAUGAACAACCGUCUUCUCUUCCUGCUAGUAAUGCAAAUGGAAACACAGAUCCACGAAGGCCAGGUCAUGAUGCCUUUACCUAUCAUGGCCACAAUCUUUCAUCAGAAGAAAGGAAGGAGAUUUUGGUUGUUGCUCGAAAUAGCAUUGAACUCCUCUCUAGCAUGUCAAACUCUAAUUCACAAAACCAACUGGUUAUGGAUGAGCUAACCCUGAGCAUUGUGGAGAAAUGCCGGCAAUCAAUGACACAAAUACAAAGAAUCAUUGAGUCCUCUGGCGACGACGAAGGGUUUCUCUUUGAGGCCCUCAAUGUUCACGAUGAACUCCAACAAGUCCUUUCCAGGUAUUCCGUGGCUGACAAACCAACAGUUCAAAGAGAAGCCCCUUCAGCUAAUGAACCCACUCAUUCUGCUGAGAAUUCCAGCCACUCUGCUGCAAAUUCUGGUCAAUCCAAAGAAAAAUCUGGCGAUUCUAAAGGAAAUUCCGGAAGUUCUAAUAAUCCUGGAAAUGAAGGGGUGGUCAUGAAUUAUUGGGACUAAGCAGACAUAGGGGGAGAGAGUAAGUUGGUUUUGAGGAGGAUUUAGGUUUGGUUUUAAAUUUAUGUAGGAGAGGAGGUUUUAUAUCCUAGGUGGAGUUCAGCUUUUGUGGGGUAGAAGGUUCUGUAUCGCAUGUAGAGUUCAGUUUUUGCGAGAGAGGAGUUAUUAUAUCCCCUAUGUACUGAAGAUUUGAGUUAGUAGGCUACCUGGGCAUUGCAUGGUGGAGGCUUCAGAGCUAGCCUUAGUGAAUACUUGAGAUUCCUUGUGGGGUAUUUUAGGAUCCUGAUCUCUCUAUGGUUGUUAAGAGUAUAUAUUUCAUUUCCUUUUGUUGGAUGCUUAUUGGAUUUUAUUAAUAUAUGUUAGAGAGACAUGUCUUCUUUA